GAUACGGUCCGCCUGCUUCCAGUCACAGCAUUGUUGAGCAAUGAGUCCAGUCAUGGCUUAUUUAAUGGAUGGGUAGCGGAACGAGCAAAUGAAGUUUUGGAAGACGUGCAUACAGUCAUAUAUACAUCGUUUGCUUAAAUCUUUUUUCUUUUCUUUUUCGUUUCGACAAAACUUGUCGAGUUGACGCGAGUGGGAAAUCUUGUGCUAUACGCUUUCUCCUGCAUAAUUCCUUUCCAAAGAAGGCGCGAUUGGCUGUUUACACAAAGCAGAAAGGGUCAUUCUGAACACGAGGGACGAUUUAAGCCGGAUGACAUAACUGAAGAGGAGCAGCAUGGCAAUCUACAAAAGAAUCUUAUCUGGAAAUCUCUGGAGGUGGUGUUUUUUUACUCUGCUGUCUGUGUUUCUAAUGGCAGAUGAAGUGUCUCUGCAGGAGACUGUUGUGGGUUUUAUUGGAGACUCUGUUGUUUUACCUUGUUUUUCUAAAAAACCUCCACUUACAAUUCAAGACAUCACAGUGCUCUGGAGAUACAAGUACGACCUGAAUGUGUAUGACAUUAUUAAAGGUAAAGGCUCUGUGGAAGAACAGAAUCAAGAGUACAAUAACAGAGCAGAAACCUUCCCUGAGGAGUAUAAGACUGGAAACUUUUCUCUCAAACUCAACAACCUUCAACACACUGAUGCAGGAAAAUACCAGUGCUACAUCAUAUCAAAAGAGUCAGAAGACUGGAUUGUUGAACUUCGUAUUGAAGGUGUGUAAAACCUAUGGAAGCCCGUUCCCGCCACUGUUAAAAAAAAAUAAAAAAUCGUUAAGUCAUAAUUAUCAGAAACUUUCUCAUAAUUAUGACUUAGUAUCUCAUUAUAUUGAGAAACUUUCU